AUGUGCAAACGCGACACCUACUGCACCCCCGCGAUGCCCUGUCCUGGUGCCGCACGGAUCAAAUGCACCAAACCAAUCUGCCGAAAACUUGCUCACAUGGUUGACGGCCCGAGGGUUGCGUGUGACACCGAAAACCAGUGCUGUCAUAAGUCGUCUUUGUGCAACCCCACCAACAACGCCAGCGGCGCCUGCAGACCCUGUUGUCUACCCCUGAAGGCUCCCGAUCCCUGCCCGCCCUAUGGUCCAGUCUGUCUGGCCGACUCUUGUGGUCCCUCCGUGGAAGUGGACAAGUCAGACCGGUGGAAUAAGGGAUGGAAUUGA